UUCCAAAGUAGUAAAAACAGAGAUUUUGUUUGACUCAUUUUUGUUUGACCUCAGUAUAUGAAAAAGAAGACAAAACUGGUGGGAGGGAUAAUUACUUGUGGUACCAAUAUACAUGGUGUAAGGAAAAGUCUGUUGUGUCAUUUCAACCAUGAGAACCAUCUUUCAAGCAUAUUCAAUGAUCUUCAUACUAGGCAACAUGGUGGCUUCUCAGUCACAGUCAUCUGGUGGGAAAGAUGCCAUCAACGUUACAAUAAUCAACUUCAAUAACGAGAAGAUGCAGAUUACAUGGGCAACAAGAGAGCUUUUUCCCAAUGAGAAUGUGUCGUUUUUUUACACAUUUGGUGAAGGCGAGAACAAAGUUUGGCAGCCAUGUACCACCUAUUUAUUGGAUCAAGAUUAUAAUUCUGGAUGCCUUUUUAAGACAGAAGGACCUACCCUUGCCAUUUCUAUCAGGAACAGCAAUGGAAGUGAAGAACUUUUUUCUAAAAAUCUAAAAGCUGAUUUUUACAUAAAGCCCAGUCCACCAGAAAAUGUGACCUUCUUCUGGGAAGAGGACACGGUUACUGUAAGCUGUAACAAACCAGAGAGAAAUGCAUGGUGCUUGAGAUUUGAGCUGCAGUUCAAAAGCAAGUUUGACAAAGAGUGGCAAUCCAGAACUUCUAAGUGCUGCAGUGUUGGAGACCAAGGCUUUGAUCCAAGGAAGUGCUACUCUUUCCGGGUCAGGCUGAGGAGGCUGGUACCAUACUGCAACGUAGUUAAAUACAGCAGCGACUGGGCAGCUGAAACUUUUUGGAUGAAUGGCACAUUAUUAGAUUCAUGUGAUGAUGAUAUAACUCCUCAGUCAAAGACAGUAAUUAUUUUAAGUUGUUCACUGGCGGUACUCUUAAUGAUGCUUAUCCUCCUGAUCCUUCUGUGUAAAUGGCAGAGGGUUCAGAUGUCAGUCCUGCCUGCUAUACCAGACCCAAAAUACCCAUUUGCUGAUCUCUUCAAUUAUCAUAAUGGAAACUUACAGGAAUGGCUAGACAAAAAUGACCACGUGGUGUUGCAAACCAAGCUGGAAUAUGAAGAACCAGAGUCCAUCACUGAGGCAGAAAGCCAACAAGAAGAUGGGAAAAACAGUGACAAACAGGGACCUUUGGAAAAAAUCUUCACUUUUUCAGGAGCAGCUGAAAAUAAUGAUGGCAAAGCAGCUGAGAUUGCCUGCCUGCUACCAGCACCCAACACUACAGCUCCUUUUGCUGGUUUCCAUAUUUUAAUGAACGAUGACAUGUAUGUGAUGUUAUAAAAGAUGCAUAAUGCAGAAGGUGUUAGGAAAUUCCAUAAAAAUCCUGAUGAGUUUGGGAGAGUGACUGCAUAGAAAAGGUCAUUGUGAUAAGAUUCACAUCAAGAAAGGCACUGGGUUGUGUUUUUAGAUCUGUACUUUCCCAGCAGCUACGAUCUCUUGGGCAGACUCAAGUUUUUGAAACAAAAUCCUGUUAAUUUAUAGAGUCAGGAAUUGUUCUUCUAAUUGGGGUUUAUCCCUAAGCCCCAUUUCCCUUCUACGGAAAGAGCACAGGAGCUCCCCAUAUGUCAGCAGAGCUGAGAUCUAAUCCUUCUGCUUAUGGAGUGUGUCGAGCAGGGCAAAGAACACCAUUGUUCUUCCCAAAUGAAGAGAGAAAAUAAAGAGGUUUUGCUGUCUCAUGUAAAGAGAUUUUUGUUGCCUAACUUUGCAUUUCAUGGCAUGCCUUAAAGGUUUCAUAGAGAAGGAAUAAGGCCCACUUCUAAGAAGGGAUGAGCAAGGAUGUACAGUAUUGAAUCACAUUUCAGCCUGCAGAUACUUCUGUGUAGGCAGCUUCCUCCAGAACAGCACAGCUUCAAGAGUUUCCUCAGAAGGUCAUGUCCUCUGUCUUACAGUUUUUGAAUAGUCAGCACCUUACAACCUUUAUUUUAGAAAGCUGAAGUUCAUUUUGAACAGUAUUUAUGUUUAACUGAGUUACAUUUAUUUGAAACGGGGGUUUAGUGCAAUCAGCAGCUGUAGACACAAAUUAGAACUUCUUAUUCAUAUUGCUUAUACUAGUCUCAUUUUUCUUUAGAAAAUGGGGAGUUUGGGUUUUUUAACAAGUUUAAAACAUAAGUUUAGAACAAUAUUUUAAAGUUUUCUAAACAUAUAAUCUUUUAAAGUAUGUUUAAUUUCAAAUUUAAAGUGCGAUUAAUACUCAGCAAUCAGACUUGACAAAAAAAUCUUGAUUAUUCUGAGUUUCUCCAUAUCACUUAUGUUACAUGCUAUUUGAAAGUAAAUUUUGUAAAAAAAAAUUAAGUGUUAAAAGUGUCUAUCAUCUGGGUAAGCAGAUAUAGUGUGAUUAUAUGCUGAAUUAGCUAGUUAUCACUUGCACGUCAGUCAUUAAAUGGCUUUAUGAGUUGACUAAGCCUUGCCAAUCACAUACUUUUAUUAUGCAAACACUCUAAUUUAUUGUGCAAAUUGGAAAUUGCACAUAUCAGAAAAUUACAGUGAUUAGUAAAAUAUUUAAAUUCAGUGCUUAAAAAACUUCAAUUCCAGAUCUUUUCAAGAAUAGUAAAAAUAAUAUGGAUCACAAAGUGUCAAGGUCUUUGUCUAGGUGUUACAGUUUGUUUUACAAAGAGAAAUACAGAUAUUUACUGGGCAGUAAGUGGGAAACUUAAUUGGAAGGACAGUUCAGCCACAUUCCUCAAGCUUUUUUGACAUUGUCACAUUUGACAAUUGAAAUUUGACUGUUCACUAACAAGAUUAACAUGCUACCAAAGGAUUUCCCAUAAUCCUGAAAACAAGUUUGCUCUGUAUGUAAGUUUGAGAGGUGCUCUUUGUACACUGCCCACUUCUAGAAAUUUUUGUGAACGGUAACCAUGAAAAGUUUCAAUAGCGCUUUAAGAACGCAUUGAAUUUUAAGCCAAUUCAAGCUCUAUAAAAUUUGAGGAGCAGAAACUAUCUCAGCUCAGCUCUUUGUACAUUAUAUAAAUUGCCAUUUUUGCAUUUGAACUAAAGAAGUUAUAGUGAAUUACAACAGACAAGAACCUGCUCCAGUAAUGAUUCUAUGAAUAAAGAGGGAAGUAAAGCACAGAAUAUAUUGUAUAGUUGCUUCCUCUUCAACCCACAUCAUAUGAUUGCCUGCAAAGCUAGCAACUUCAAUUAAACCACUUUCUGUUGCAUAACUCCUUGUCAGUCUGGAUUCAAAAUGUUUUAGCACAUUUUCCUGAAAUAUUACUCUGCAAAAAAAUAGAGGAGAACAUCAUAUUGAAUUGAUCUGUUUCAGCAGCUGUCCUGAAGUGUUAUAAUCAUGUAAGUUUUUAGUACAAACUAUAUCUCAUAUUGUGUUUUAUAGAUAGAAAGGUGUUUUGUUGUGCAUGUAUGCAACCACACUGACAUUGUAUAUAACAUAUUAGAAAUAAAACAAAUAAAACACCCACA